CGCGGUUCGUCGCGUUCGCGUUCUGUUCGAUUUGGCGUCUCCAUAUGGUGCCCACUCCCCCUCUCCCAACAUUCAUCUGAGGUCCUCCGAAGCCGUCAAGAUUAUGCCUGUCGAACGCACUGGCUCCGUCCUUUCCUGCUCCUCCGUUGAUUCGUCCUCUAUCGACUCGGUCUCGGACGUACCAGCUACCCCGAAAUCGAACAAGCCCGUCGGAGAAAUUCCCUUCGUACGAAGACGUCUUCAACAUGAGCAGACGGUGGUGCUCUCCGCUAUCUUUGAGUACCAAACCCAUCCCUCGAAGGAUGUCCGCACUGCGCUCGCGGAGGAGCUCGGCAUUGAGCUCAAGACCGUCAGCGCAUGGUUCCAAAACAAGCGGCGGAGCGUCAAGAAGAAGUCCCUCGUUUGGACUCGUCCCUCUCAAGAGAACCAAUACGAAGGCAUCGCAUAUCCUGCCUACCCAAGGAAGAGGCACCUCACGAGAUCAGAGUCUGCAAUCUCGCUGGACUGCGUCGUGUCGGCCCGCGAGCGAAGAGUCACCCCCGAGCCAGCGUCCCCUACCCGACCGCCUCUGACCCCGCGCCGCAUAAAUGCGAUCCGACGCUAUGCUUCCCCUAGCCGUGCCCCACCAACGAACAUCUGGGAGCAUAUACCAUCGUCACCUCCCGUCGCCCCAUCCUCCCCCAGUGCUGACAGUGUGCGCUUCUCUGCACUCCCACGACGCACCAAGUCGUUGCGCUCGCUAGAGUGGGCAUGUGCGAAGGCAAGGGGGAAUAAGAUUCCUCACCCGGACGUCUUGGACGAGGAAGACUGUGACGUACCAAUGUUGGUACUCGACGGAGAGGCGAGGGGCGCGGGCGCAGACGGCGAUGAUACAGAAACAGAAGAGUACGAGGCGAUUACACCCGACGUCAGUGCGGUGCACCUUGAUGGGCUGCAGUCACCGACGGUGUCGCUGCCUAGUAAACGAGACGACGAUGUCGCGCCAGCUCAGGACAUGGAGGCUGCUAUGGCGCUCCUUGGUUUCAUGGGUCGACCGUCACUAUGAUUGUCUAUUACUGUGCAUUGCAGUAGUAGUUCCGGAAGGAUAGUUGGAAGGUACUUCGUUUUUUCAUAAUGUGGUGCAUGUUUUGGACUGAGCACGAAACGACUUUUACGAGUACGUGCGGUGUAGGGACAUUCCUGGUGCAUACGUGUUGUUGUAUGUUAGAGAUGUGUACGUGCCUCGAAGACGAGGUUUGUGGAAACAGUAUACUGUUUCCUUCAUGACAACCUCGAUUUUAACGUUUUCUAAAGGA